AUGAGUAACGUUGGAGUAGAGGCCAUUGCCGUCAUCACCGGCUCAUUCUUGUCCGGGGCGAUGAUGAGCGUAUAUCUACUAGCAGUUCCAUCUCUAUUCGACACUACAACCGACCCAGGCCACCUGCUGCGCCAUUGGAGUCGAAUAUUCCUCAACGGUCAUAUCAAGGGGCCUAUCAUCUGCCUCACUACCACCGCACUGUACGGGAUUGCGGCAGUCAGCAAGUACUCGGCGGGGGAUGCAUGGGGUGUUUUUGCCGCAGCAGGUUUAACCACCAUCAGCAUGGUACCUUUCACUCUGACGGUCAUGGCCCCGACAAACAAUGCUCUCUUUCGGCUUGAGGGCGAGGUGAAGAAGGGGAACAGCCCGUCCUGGCCGGACGCUGAGCGCCUGGUACAGAAUUGGAACCGGUUCAACGCUAUUCGGGCUUUCUUUCCCUUGGCCGGUGCUGUUUUGGGGCUGUUAGGCACGCUGAAGUUGGUUUCCUUCUAG